AUGGCAUCAGUUUCAGAACAUUGUUUAAAUGAAAUUAAACCAACAAUUUUGAAAUGUGAUAAAAAUAAAGAUCGUCAAUAUUCAAUUGAUGAAAUUGUUCAAUUAUUAAAAAAGAAUUCAAAAAAUCCAGAAAGAUUGGCUGUAUUACUCUUUAAAUCUUUGAAUAAAAAAUUAGAUGAGUCAAUCUGUUUCAAUGACAUUGAUGAUAGAGAAAUUUCUAAAAACUGUGAUAAAUUCCAAGAUAAACCAGAAAUUGAUAUUGAAAGCUUCCUCUUAAGAUUCGAUAAAAACAAUGAUAAAAUGAUUUCCCAUCACGAAUUAAAAACCAAACUUGAUGAACUAGGUUGCGGAAAUUCAAAGAAAACUACUGAUUACGUUUUUGAACAAAUUGAUACUAACAAAGAAGGUAGUCUUUCCUAUGAAGAUCUAGAAGGUUUUGUCAAAUUUUUGAAACAAGAUAAUAAUAAAAAGACUUCACUCCCAAGCGUAUAA